CCUAAGGUAUAAUUUCAGUAUGAUUUAGUUCAUGGUGUCUGGAACCUGGAGUUUUUUGAUAAGCGAGUUAUAUGAGAUUGGUGGUUUAAUUGGUGGAAAUGUGAUUUUUGGUUAUGUUUUUAAGCAAACAGACUCUAGUGGCAAGCGGCUUAAAGUUGCAGGACUUGGAGAAGAGAACGAGGACUCAAAAGCGGAGGUGGAAGCAAGUUCAGGCAACGAUAACAAGCUGGUCGAACAAAGUGCUCAAUCUUCAGAGGCAGCAAAGCAAGAUCACAUCCAUGUGAGAACGAGAAGGGGUCAAGCUACUGAUAGUCACAGUCUGGCUGAGAGGGUCGUCAACGCGGUGAUCUUAUUGCAUAUGGUUUGAUACCAGAAUUUAUUGGACGGUUUCCAAUACUGGUUAGUUUGUCAGCUCUAAACGAGGACCAACUUGUUCAGGUUAUGUGAAGGUGGGGAGCUCUUAGAUAGAAUACUUUCCAGGACAUUGAUUGACAGAUUAGGAUUUGCAGUAGACCAUAUCCACUUGCAUAGAAUGCUGGCAGAUGAACACUUCAACCAAAUGGAUAGGAACUCAUACUUCCUCCUACUUUACUAUUGACUAGUUUUAAUGUAAGUAAAUGCUUCAACUGAUUUUAUAGUCCUUUUCCACAAGCAAGCAUCCACGAAUCAGAGGUUAGGAUUGCGUUGCAUUUUAUAGGAUUCACAGGGCUGUCUUACAGACGCAGGUAGUUGAUUAUGGAGUUCACGGGCUUGGGGCUUAUACCAUGGAAUUGGAGGCUGAAGUUGCAAAACUUAAAGAGGAGAACAAUGAAUUACAGAAGAAACAGUUAUACAGAUUCUGGAAGGAGCAAUGAAUUAGAUCAUUCGUCACAUCUUUUGACUGUUGCCACCCGAGAUGUGUUUAGCAAGCUUGAUCGCAAUGUCAAGCCUGUAGCCCCAAUGCACUUUUGGAUGAUCUUAUGUAAGAAGUAUCCCCAAUUUUCCCAGCAGCACAAUGGUUUCUUCUUGCAACAGGAUGCAGAAGAAUGUUGGACCCAACUUAUGUAUACACCUUUCUCAAUCUCUAAAAUCGCCAGACUCAAGGUACUGAAUUUUAUUAAGAAGGCACAAAGGCUAAAAGGAAAACAAGAAGAAAAACAGAAGGAAGAAAGCUGUACAAGAAACAGAAGAAACCCACAACCAAAGUUAAACCGACAUCCUCUCUCUCACAGAACAGAAAACCCUGUGGAGAUCCCCUAAAGCUGAACUGGAUUUAUCACCAAAACAUUGGCUGCUAUUUUUAGUAGUUUAUACAGUUGGUCCAUGUAAUGUUGCAAGUGGUGCAUCAAUUUCUCUCACAUACAUUGCUACUGAAAGGAUCAUUCCUGGGUAACUUGAUUUACACACCCUAUGAUUUUAGCAGCCCAUAUAAAUAAGAACUAUCAAAGAAAGGAUUCUUAUUGUUAGGUAAUCAUCUUAAAGGAUUAAAAGCAUGCACAAGUGCUCAAUUGGUCGCUGUAGCAAAGGAGCAUGCUGCCUAUGGCGAAAUCACAUAAUCAAAAGUGUCUUUUUUCAUAAUGAUUCCGAGAGUAUGGCUGGAUCAUUUUCAUAAGAUAAUGAAAGUUUUUCUUUCCUUAUUUGAU